AUCAAAAUGGAGAUGACAACAAAAAAGAAAAUACACUGAGUGUCGGAUACUUUCAACUGUUUCGAUUCGCUACCUGGAAAGACACCAUGAUGAUGGUAGUGGGGGGUUUGUGUGCCCUAAUACAUGGUGCAGCUUCGCCUCUCAUGCUUCUGGUGUAUGGCAUGAUGACAAACACGUUUGUGGCUUAUGAGCUGGAGGUCCAAGAACUGAAAGACCCAAACAAGUACUGCAGCAACAACACCAUCUAUUGGAUAAAUGGCUCCGUUUAUGAAACACCUGAAAACAGCACUGUCUACUGUGGGGUGGAUAUUGAAGCACAGAUGACCAUGUUUGCAUAUUACUAUAUUGGAAUUGGAUUAGGAGUUCUUUGUGUUAGUUAUUUUCAAAUUGUCUUCUGGGUGACGGCGGCCGCAAGACAGACUCAGAGAAUCCGAAAGACUUAUUUCCAAAAAGUAAUGCAAAUGGAGAUCGGAUGGUUUGACUGCAACUCUGUUGGUGAACUGAACACCAGGAUUUCUGAUGAUAUCAACAAGAUCAACAACGCCAUCGCUGACCAGGUGUCUAUCUUCAUUGAGAGGAUCUCCACAUUUGUGUUUGGCUUCAUGGUUGGAUUCAUUGGCGGGUGGAAGCUGACUUUGGUGGUCAUAGCCGUGAGCCCGCUGAUUGGUAUAGCUGCUGGACUGAUGGCUAUGGCUGUGGCCAGGCUGACGGGACAAGAGCUGGAGGCCUAUGCGAAGGCAGGGGCAGUGGCUGAUGAGGUCCUGUCAUCCAUUAGAACAGUAGCAGCGUUUGGGGGGGAAGAAAAAGAAGCUGAAAGAUAUGACAGAAACCUUGUGGAAGCUCAGAACUGGGGCGUGAAAAAGGGCACAAUCAUAGGAGUGUUUCAGGGAUACCUUUGGUGCAUCAUUUUCCUCUGCUACGCUCUGGCCUUUUGGUAUGGGUCUAAAUUGGUCAUCGACACCAAGGAGCUGUCCCCUGGUAGCCUUAUUCAGGUGUUUUUUGGAGUACUCAUGGCAGCUAUGAACCUUGGUCAGGCCUCACCGUGCCUGGAGGCCUUUGCUUCUGGUCGUGCAGCUGCAAAGAACAUCUUCGACACAAUUGAUCGGGAACCAGUAAUUGAUUGUUUCUCAGAAGAGGGUCACAAAUUAGACAGAGUUAAUGGUGACAUUGAGUUCCAUAAUGUCACUUUCCACUACCCAUCCCGGCCUGAAAUCAAGAUUUUAAAUGAUCUGAGCAUGCAGAUUAAAGCAGGAGAAACCACUGCUUUUGUUGGACCAAGCGGAUCUGGAAAGAGCACCACAGUCCAGCUCAUCCAGAGGUUUUAUGAUCCAAAGGGAGGAUUGGUGACUUUGGAUGGCCAUGACAUCCGUACUUUAAACAUCCAGUGGCUCCGAUCUCUCAUUGGUAUAGUAGAGCAGGAGCCAGUGUUGUUUUCUACAACCAUAGCUGAAAACAUCCGCUUUGGUCGACCUGGAGUUACCAUGGAAGACAUUAUCCAGGCAACAAAGGAGGCUAAUGCCUAUAAUUUUAUAAUGGAACUACCCCAGAAAUUUGACACUACGGUGGGUGAAGGUGGAGGCCAGAUGAGUGGAGGACAGAAACAGAGGAUCGCUAUUGCUCGAGCUCUGAUCCGAAACCCCAAGAUCCUGCUGUUGGAUAUGGCCACAUCCGCCUUAGACAAUGAGAGUGAAGCUGUUGUCCAGGAAGCACUUGAUAAGGUGCGCAUGGGCAGAACAACAAUUUCUAUAGCCCACCGUCUGUCCACAAUUAGAAAUGCAGAUGUCAUCGUUGGUUUCGAGCAUGGACAGGCUGUGGAGAGGGGGACACACAGUGAGCUACUAGAAAGGAAAGGUGUCUACUUCACCCUGGUCACCCUGCAGAACCAAGGCACAUCCAGUACAGCUAAUGAUGGAGUCAGUGAAGCUCAGGAAGAGGACUUUGAUCUGAAAGUGAGGAGUUUAAGAAGUGGAAGUUGCAGAUCCAUCAAAGGGAGCUUUGGUCGGCUGCGAUCUCAGAGCAAAUUGUCAAAUGAUUGUGUCCCUGAUGCAUUAUCAGGCAGCCUCAAGAUCCUUUCGGACAUGGAGAUCAUACCAGAAAAUACUUUUGCCAUUCGUGACGUGAAUGAACAGAGGGAGCAAAUCAAUGGGAUAUGUGUUCUGUUUUGCAUUGUAGCUGUGAUUAGUUUCUUCUCACAGUUUUUACAGGGAUAUGCUUUUGCUAAAUCUGGGGAGCUGCUGACCCGCCGUCUGAGGAAAGUGGGCUUCCAGGCCAUGUUGAGACAGGAAAUUGGCUGGUUUGAUGACCCCCAAAACAGCCCGGGAGCUCUUACCACCAGACUGGCUACUGAUGCAUCCAUGGUCCAGGGGGCAACAGGUUCUCAGAUUGGCAUGAUCGUUAACUCAUUGACCAGCAUUGGAGCAUCUUUCAUCAUUGCCUUCUACUUCAGUUGGAAGUUAACUUUGGUAAUUAUGUGCUUCCUGCCACUCAUUGGGCUAUCUGGGGUAUUCCAAGCCAAAAUGCUGACAGGUUUCGCAAAUGAAGAUAAAAAGGCCAUGGAAGCAGCAGGGCGGGUAUCCAGUGAAGCUCUUGCCAACAUCAGGACCAUUGCAGGCAUUGCCAAAGAGAGCUCAUUUGUGAAAUCAUAUGAGCAGAAACUCGAGCUUCCAUAUAAAUCUGCCAAAAAGAAAGCCAACAUCUAUGGCCUCUGUUUUGGCUUUGCUCAGUGUGUCAUCUUCAUGGCAUAUGCUGCUUCAUUUAGAUACGGAGGCUAUCUGGUUAGCUCUGAGGGGUUACAAUACAUGUUCGUUUUCAGAGUGAUUUCAGCUGUAGUAAUCAGUGGGACGGCGCUGGGAAAAGCUUCCUCCUUCACGCCGGAUUACGCCAAAGCCAAAACUGCUGCUGCUCAGUUUUUCAAACUGUUGGACAGAGUUCCUAAAAUCAGCAUAGGACACAAAGAUGGAGAGAAAUGGGAUACGUUCAGAGGUGAAAUAGAGUUCCUCAACUGUAAGUUCACCUAUCCAACACGGCCAGAUACCCAGGUGUUGAAUGGCCUGGUUGUAUCUGUGAAGCCUGGUCAGACUUUGGCGUUUGUUGGGAGCAGCGGCUGUGGGAAAAGCACCAGUGUUCAACUGUUGGAAAGGUUUUAUGACCCAGAUGAGGGCCGCGUGUUGAUUGAUGGUCGGCCAUCUCACACAGUCGAUGUGCCUUUCCUAAGAGCUCAGAUUGGCAUAGUGUCCCAGGAGCCGGUGCUGUUUGACUGCAGUAUAGCUGAGAAUAUACAGUAUGGACAAAACACACGUAUCGUCAGCAUGGAAGAAAUUGUAGAGGCUGCAAAGAAAGCCUACCUUCAUGACUUUGUGAUGACACUACCACAUAAAUAUGAGACUCAAGUUGGUGCUCAGGGCUCCCAGCUGUCAAGAGGAGAGAAACAACGCAUCGCCAUUGCCCGAGCCAUUGUCAGGAACCCCAAGAUCCUGCUCUUGGACGAGGCUACCUCGGCCCUGGACACAGAAAGUGAAAAGACUGUCCAGUCUGCUUUGGAUGAGGCAAGAAAAGGACGAACCUGCAUCGUCAUCGCUCACCGGCUAUCUACUAUCCAGACUGCUGACAUCAUUGCAGUGAUGGCUCGUGGAGUUGUCAUAGAGCAAGGCACACAUGAUAAACUCAUGGCCAAGAGGGGUGCCUAUUAUAAAUUGGUUACAACAGGUGCUCCUAUCAGCUAAGCACGUAUAAGCAUAUGAUGACAAUGAUUUUUAUAUAGGCCUCACUUUACAUUUCAUUAAUAUGGUGUCAUCUUGUGAUAUCACACUAAGAGUGUUUGAUGAAACACUGACAUUAGAUUCAUGCUACGCCCCCAGUCAUUCUACAUAAAUCAUGGGAAAACUUUUUUUCAGGAAGCAUAUACAGCGCGCAAAUUGUUCUCAUCUUCUGCUUUGAAUAACAAGUUUUAGUAAUUAUGUGGUUUAUUGUGAUUAUGUGGAGAUAAAACUAUUUAUUGUGUAUUUAUUUGUUUAUGAGUUUAAGAGUUUAAGAAUAAGACUUUUUACAAACAUCUGACCAUGUUUCUAUUGUUGGACUGAAAUUAAUGUGUUGACUUGUUCUUUGUGUAAUUUGUGAUUAUUUGUUUAUAAGUGUAGUCAUGUGUUCUUUUAGUAACUAAUACAGUUUUUGUAAUAGCACCUGACAGUGCCCAAAAAUCCUGAUAUUUGUUUGUUACUGUAAUGUUUUAAACCUUGUCAUUGGUCACAAAUGACUUUCAAACAUGAACAGUGAGCUUGGAGUUUUGGAGAUGUAUGUGAUGAAUCCUGAGUAUAAAAAUUUUAAAGGAGAAGCGACAAGAAUUUAAAACAAUUGUAUUACAAUGCACAGGAUUCUGGACAAAAGUCACCGUUAUUUCCUCAUUGAAAAUAAUAAAGUAUGUAAUGACCAUG